UAGAUAGGAAGAGUCUAAACCAGUCACUCCUGAAUUUCAACAGAGGGAAAGGUCAUUUCCCCUACUAGAGGAAAUAGGCAAAAAUUCGGUGAAGGGCUGGGUCUCAGCGACGGCCCGUAAGGUGUGACUAGGAGGGAGUCGACAUCCAGGAUGAGGAGGAAAUGUUUCCAGGCGGAAGUGCUGGCCUAGGGGAGGCACGAUUUGGGGGUGGCGCGCAGGAGGGGUCUGGGCAGUGACAGGAGAGGGAGGAGAAAGGUGAUUCCCUGAUUGUCGUCACACAGGCUGCCCUCAGGGUAACAGUGCAAAGUAAGACCCGAUGGUUUGGGGAUGACAGCUGACAGAGGACGGUGGGAGAAGAUGGAGAGUCCGGGACACAACUUACAGAUGGAGAGAGGCAGGACACAGCCCUGUGGGCAUCGGGAGCCUGGUGGCGGGAUCUAAAGGCAGGACGCCUGAGGGAAACUGCAGGCUCAUUUCUCCUACCUCAUGCUUUGGCUAAGGACAAGGUCUAAUCAAAUAUAUUUGGAUCUGGGGUUUGUGUCUCCCCUUGCCAAUACAGAGAGCCAAAGAGAAGUAAGGUUCUUCUUGAAGAUGUGUGUUAUUCCCCAAAGAAUCUUUUAGGAAAAGCAAACAGCUUGAGAAGGAUUUGUUCAUUAGAUGUAUUCUGGCAGCAGCCAGAAAAAUCCAGAAAGUUCCUAGGACAUGCACAGACACAUAACACACUUGAUUCUUGACACACUUGUGGUUUAACUCUUUUGUUAUCAGCUGUCAUUAUAAAGUACAUCUCACUUUCUCUAGUAAAUGUAUUGAUAAAAUCACCGAAACGUAUUUCAGAUACUGUAAGACAGUGAUAGAUUUUGGGUCCAAAAAUUCUUACAGGAAACAUGAAUUGUUUACUCCAGUUUAUAGUUGUAAGUACGAUAGAUGAUUUUUCGACACCCUCAUGCUUAUUGCUGUAAGGAAGGUAAGUACUCCCUGGUGUCUUGCUUGAUUCAAGAACAUCCUGGCUGCUGUGUCUGAUAAGCGAUAUGGCAUCCCCUGGCGUCUGGUGCUGAUACAUUCCACGUGUAACCCCGUUACCCCGAAAGAGAAUCCUUCCUGGUGAGUCAGAUGGGUUCACAGAGGCGCAGAUGUAACAGACAACCUAUGUCUUGUAAAAACUGCUCAUGUGUCCAGCCUAUACCUCCUCACAGCUGGAAAGGUUUCCUCUUUCUGUACAUGAAUAGCCAUCCUUCCCAGUGAGAAGUGUGGAUUGCUGACAGCAGAGUGGUUUGUAACGAGAGAGCUGAUCUCCUUUAAAGUCACCACCACUUCCUGGCUGAGGACGCAGUCCCUAGCCUCACUCCCACCUGCCUCUCUGAACCGCCGAUGGGUUCACCUAGGACAGCACAUCAUCCGCACCCAGCCGCCAUGCCCUCCUUUGGUUCCAAAUGGACUUUGUGAUGAAAACUCAUCAGCGGAGUUCAGAUGGCUAAGAACAGAGGCAAUGAGACCUCAGCUAGCAAACGGGUCAAGGCAGUCAUUUGGGGCACUGCGUUACUGAAACAAACUGUAAUGCAAAUUCUCGCCAUUUCCCUGCUUGAGCCGAGGCUGACUUAGGUUUCACAUGAGCCUGAGGCUCUGGAAGUCAAAACAUGAGAAGAAACAGGAUCCUGCCUAUCGCAUGUGAGCCUGUGCGGGCAGGGCCGCGUCCGCUGGGGCAGCUCAGCAGUGUUCAGACAGAAAUACUAAGAAGUGUCUCCCUGCAGGUGACUGUUUCAUGUGCUGCAAAUUAUGGACUAUGACCCUGAAAUUCUGGCAGUCAUUCCUCUUACACUGUUACUGCUGACUCUGUAUGGAGAGACACUAAGCAUUGCACGUACCUGAUUUUGGUAUUCCUAGUAAAUUUAGUGAGCACAGGCCCAGCUCUUCCCAUUCGAGCACCCUAAAUGCGCGCACGCGCGCGCGUGUGUGUGUGUGUGUGUGUUGUAUGUUGCGUGAAAAGUAAGGCGGGGUGCUACAUAGUUCCUGUGUGUCAAUGUGUCAUUUCGAGAGUGGUUUCUGAGCGCAGCCACAAGACCUGGUUUCAGAUGCCAGUCUGUCGGAGCGUCCUCGGGCUCAUCCAUAAUGCAUGGCGCCGACAGGCCCAGCCUCACAUGCUUUUGUUUUCCGCCGCAGAUGAAGGGAGACAUGGAUCUCUCUGUUUUGCCAAAUAACAACCAUCCUGACAAAUUCCUGCAGCUCGACGUGAAGUUGUUAAUGAGGAGCUCAGCCCCUGGGCAGGCUGGCCUGGUGAGGUUUCCGGGAGGGAACUACCCCGCCGCGCAGCACUGGCGGAACCUCGUCUACUCACAGAGAGAAAAGAAGAAUAUUACUGCUCAACGAAUGAGGGGAUCUCAUUCAAGAGGUGCUGUCGCCACUGAGGGCCCCCCACCAUCCCUGUCGUCGGGUCUGAAAAAUAACCCGCUGUAUGAUGACGUAAGUUUGGAGGAAGCUAUGGAAGAAAGGAAAAAGAAUCCUUCAUGGACCAUUGAGGAAUAUGACAAGCACUCCCUGCAUACAAACCUCUCUGGGCAUCUGAAGGAAAACCCUAAUGACCUACGGUUUUGGCUGGGGGACAUGUACACACCAGGCUUUGAUACCUUACUGAAAAAGGAAGAGGAACAAGAGAAGCAUUCCAGAUGUUGUCGUGUAGCUCUGAUUUUGCUCCUUGUUGCCUGCGUCUUGGUUUCCAUAGUGACUGUUAGUGCUUUUUUCACCUAAAGAAACCACCGCCGACGUCGCCACCUCAAAUUUCUUUAAAAUCUUUCUAAAUAAACAUUUGCAGAAAAAGGCGUUCACGGAGUGUGAAUGUAC